AUGCAGGAGUCUUCCAGUGCUUUGGUGAAGCCUCAAUCGCAUGGCCUUCUGGCCAGGUGUCUGAGAUUUCAUAUUGUUGGAGCAUUCAUUAUAUCCCUGAGUGCUGCAGCUUUCUAUAAGUUUGCAGUGGCUGAACCAAGAAAGAAAGCAUAUGCCGAUUUCUAUAGAAAUUAUGAUUCUAUGAAAGAUUUUGAGAAGAUGAAGAAGACUGGGAUCUUUCAGAGUACAAAGUGAUUUUGGAAUGUAAAGAAUGUCAUUGGAUUGGUGCCAUGUU